CGGCGUCUAAGCGGUCUUCGUACGAUUGGCGGCACUUGGACAAUCAGUUGACGUUGAAUGUUUCGUCUUAGCGGUCGUUGAAUUAGUCGCUCAAUACCGCUACAUCUACCUCUCGACCUUCUCCCCCCAACCCCUCGUGCGCGAAGACUCCGAAGAAUCAACAGAUAAAAAAAAAAAAAAAAAAAAGAAUUUUUUUGUUAGAUCUGCGACAAAUUUUGCUCGAUCUUUUUUUUUUCCUACACUUUUUUUUUUGCCAUUCGUCGCGUGCUUGUGGCGCCACAAACAGUGUGUUAGUUGCGCGUGUGAUGAAGGCAGCACCAUAAAAAAAAAAAGUUGGAUUACAAAAAAAAAAAAAAAAAAAUUCAACUAUAAAUUGCAGCAGAAUUUUGUAUUGAAGCCAUCCUCGGCAUGCUGUGCUUGACGUUGCUGCUGCUCCUGUUGUCCUGCUCUGGCAGCAGCAGGGGCGCACUUAGUGGCGGUGGUGCUGCUGCUAGUGGUGGUGGUGGUGUCACUGCUGGCGGUGCUGCCGCUGCUGUGGUGAAUCCCACAUGCAGUUUGAAGGACAAUUGCAAUUUGGGUGACAAUUUGUUGGCGUUGCCAGCUGCGGAUGCCAAUGAUGCGGUCGAAAGUCAAAUUGCCUCCAUAUUCGAGGAUAAGGUCAACUAUAGCUUAAAGCUGUUUGCCGACGAUGUGGCAACGGGAGCAACAACAGCCACAACAACAACAACCACAACGGUGCUGGAUGUGUUGCACGAUGCAUUGUCGAUGGGGAAUCUAAGUGAAUUGCACCACAGCAGCAGCACCACCAGCAACUUUACGUUGCGUCAACUGAGCGAAAAGCUAAACAAUGAUGUUGAUGAUCAGAUCGAGGAUGAUGAGAGAGUCUUGUUGUACAACAUUGGCAAACGAUUUUUGGCCAUCUCACAGCCCUUUGAUGCUGCACGUAAUCCAGAUGCCUCACCAUUAUGCCGCACACAGAUGCGACGUUAUUUCAGUGCAUUGAACAACUUUGAUUUGUGGGCCUUGAAAAUGCACGAUGCAAGCGGCAAAUUGAAUUCGGGCAUUUUGAAUGGCAACAUUAAUCAGCCGGGCGACUUUGAUCAGUGCAUGGGCAUUCAACAAGCGAACGAUGACGUCACAAAUGAUGAUAAUAUGCUGCGCGGCCAAUAUUGUUUGGCGUAUGCGCAACCAGUGCUGCCACACAAAUCGAAACGUUUACAAGCGUUCUUCAAGCUGCUGCAGUCUCACGGUCCCUUCAGAAGCGAAUUCAAUGAUCCGGGUCAUCGCGUGCCGCGUUACUCGCUCAUCAAUUGGGGCAUCUGUGUGCCUUCGGGUUGCACGCACCGCGAUGUGGAGUACAGCGUGGCAGAGUAUCUGCGCAACCAAACAACUUCCACCGGCAUCACCUUCAAUGUGCGCGUCGAGCGCCAGAUGUGCCAGGUGAGAGAUCUGCAGCCCUGGGACCGAAACACCACGUGGGCGGUGCGCUUCUUUGUGCUCGUCCUCUCCGUCGCCGUGCUCUCCACCGUCUACGAUCGUUGCACGAAGACGCAGCAGAAGCAGAAUGACUGGUGCACGGCUUUCUCGCUCGACAAGAAUCUUCGCUGGCUUUUCAGCACGCGCAGCUCACCUGGCGACAUUGAGGCAGUCCAUGGCAUUCGAUUCCUCAAUGCAAUGAUGUUAAUAUUCUCCCACAAAUCGAUGGCCAUGUUCUUCAAUCCGUACAACAAUCGCACGGCAAUGUCUGAGAGUCUCGGUCAACCCUGGACGGUUAUUGGACGUGCUGCGUCACUUUAUACGGAUCCUUUCCUGCUUUUCAGUGGCAUGUUGACUUCCUACUCCCUCUUCGGCCGUCUCAUGAAGCAUCAGCCCAUACGUCUGAAGAACGAGUACAUCAGUCGUUUAAUGCGCAUUGUUCCUCCUCUGGCCGCACUGAUCCUCUUCUGUACGUACGUGCUUCCCCUUUGGGGCUCCGGACCACAGUGGAACCUCGUUGUGGGUCACCAUGCGGACAUCUGUAAGCAGCACUGGUGGCGCAACCUGUUGUUCAUUCACAACUAUUUCGGAUUCAGCGAAAUGUGCUUGACGCACACACAUCAUCUGGGCAUCGAUACCGAAUUGUUUGCAGUUGCUCCGCUUUUUAUACUCGGUCUUUGGCGUUGGCCGCGACGUGGUCUCCUCACGCUCCUCCUACUCUGCACAGUGGGCACCGCAGCGAGAUAUUAUACGACGAUAGUGAAUCAACUGUCCAACUACAUUUACUUUGGCACCAACAUUCAACGUCUGUUUCGCACCGCCGACUACAUGUACUCCUUCCCGCCCCAUCGCUCCACGGUCUACAUAAUGGGCAUACUCCUGGGCUAUGCCUUGCGUAAAUUCCAGGGUGCACAGCUGAGUCGGUUGCAACUGCGUGUUGGCUGGCUUGUGGCAACUGCCUGCGUGCUUGCCUCCGUGUUGGGACCGGCACCAAUGGGUGACAUCAACUACGUGUACAACUCGACACAUGCCGCCAUCUAUGCCGCAUUUGCACCCAUUGCCUGGUGUCUCUUCUUCUCCUGGAUCGUCUUUGUCUCCCACAAUGGCUAUAAGAAUAAAUUGACGAAACUGUUCGCCUGGCGUGGCUUUCAGGUGUCCACAAAGCUAUCGUAUGCCAUUUAUCUGACGCAGUUCCCCGUCUUUUUCUACAAUGUCGGACGAAGGCGUCACAUUCAUCAUUACUACAACUUUAUAUCCGUAAUUCUCGAUACCAACGAAUUUAUCUCGAUCUUUUUGGCAUCGGUAGCAUUGACGGUGCUCUUCGAUGCACCCUUCCAGAACCUCAAGAAGCUGCUAAUUAGGCGGCCAAAAGCAGCUCCAGCUCCAGCGCCUGCAACGACAUCCAGCUUAAUGCCAAAUGGCACUGCCCCGCAUCCUGAGGAACAACAUCCUCAUCCUCCAACGCAAUUGCAAUCGCAAACUCAACCUGAACCUCAACCUCAUCCGCAAACGCAUCCGCAUGCCGAUUAGCCUGGAGCUUAUGUAUUUGCAUCUUGUAAAUUGUAUCUUAGCAUUUAGUGGCAAUGUAUUUAAUUCACCUGCCUUCCCCCCUUUUCCCCUUCCAUUCCAACUGAAUUGCCUCCCAUUUUCAGCCCUUAGUCAUAGAGAAACGCUUUAUACAUUGUAAAUUGUACUGUUAGUCAACCGAGCAAAAAAACAAAACACAUUAAAAAAAAAAAAAAAAAAUGAAGAGAAGAAGCGUUAACAAUAAUGUAAUGCAAUUCAUAGUCAUUAAUAACCAACCACUGCUUGUUGUUUAUAUUACGAUAUUAUCUUGCUUGGCUAAAACGCUCACGAGCUGUUCCAGCUCUUGUUUUAUUUUAAUACAUAUUAUAUUACCACAUAUGAAACUUAAUUUUUAAGCGAGGUCGAUUGUUUUUUUUUUUCCUAAUUUAAUAAAGACAAAACAGAUCCGACAGCUGUACCAGAGCA